AUGUUGUCGCUGUUCAAAGCUUUUCUCCUCUUUGGCCUGCUCAUGUUCGCAACACAAGAGCUGAAGCCGGUGCAAUGCGUGCCGUCGUCUUCCUCCACAGAUAUGAUUCGCCUCGACGGUGAGCAUUUCAAGGGGGCGUGUGCAAUGGACUUGUCUGACCGACUUUCGAUACAUUACAUCUCCUCACAGGCCGUCACUACUUUCUCCACAAGGCCCCUCCCACGUUCUGCUUUACGUGCGGCUGCCCCAGACCGCCUUGCAACCGAGGCGAAGUUCAUCAAAGCGUUCUUGGCUCGAACCUUGACGAGCGCACCAAGGAUUCGCACAUCAUCCAUUCCCGCGCCCUCAUGACCGAUCCAGAAGAAGCAAUCGUCGAUGCGAGAGAAAUUUUGGAAAAAUCAGUGCAAUACGAAAAUGAAGCACUUUCUGACAGUUUGCUUGCCAUUCGUCAAGAGGAGCAGCCUCCUUGCUACAAGUGCGGAUGUCCGACUCCUCCUUGCUCACCAUCCACCGCCAAAAGCAUCACGCUCCUCGACACGACUCUACGCACUGUGCAAGGUACCAGCGACCAGCUUGUCCAGCUCCAAGGAGAGUUUCUGAAGCGGAACCUAGAGAACAAAGGCUCUGUUGACGGUCCCUCGGCUCGUACGAGGGACGUACGUCCACUCGAGGCCUGA